AUGAGAGCCGGGAAGUUGCUGUUCCUCCUGUUGAUGGCCGCGCUUUUGGGCUGGAGCGAGGGUGCGCGGGGCGGGGGGAGGGGCCCCGUCAGGGGGAGAGGGGGCCGCAGGGGUCACUUCGGAUCCCGCAUGCCCAUUCUCAUUAAACACUACAACCCUGCUAGUGCCAGCUACUACGAAAAUUCUGAUGGAGCGCGCAUAGUGAAAUCUUCACAUUUUGAGUUGGAUUACAUGCUGGGGAGAAAGAUCACGUUCUUCUGUAUGGCGCAAGGAUUCCCGCGGCCUCACAUAACCUGGUUCAAAGACGGAAUCGAACUUUAUGCUCACAAAUUUUUCCAGGUGCACGAAUGGCCGGUGGGAAACGACACGAUGAAAUCAAAGAUGGAGAUCGACCCGACGACGCAAAAGGACGCCGGUUACUACGAAUGUCAGGCCGACAACCAAUACGCCAUCGACCGAAGAGGGUUCCGCACCGACUAUGUCAUGUUUUGAGAUCACCCGAGUCAAUCCUUCCCAACUUCCAUCAGGACGACUUUGGCCGAGCGAAACUAAUUUCAAAAAUUGCUCCUGCAAUUAACAGAGUGUGCAAUAUGUGCAGCUAACGUUACGCACUUUGUAGAAGUACCGUCUUAAUAAGGAACGCUUCGGAACGUUCGGACACUGCAACCUUUACACCAAUAAAACAUGAAUUUUCAGGGAAACUUGUCAAUAUUUUUUAGUGGAAAUUUUCAAAUUAUUCUGCUCGCAAUUUGAGAAAAUGUAUCUGACGAUUUCAGAAAAUAUUUAUCACUUUUCUCGAAAAAUUUUUUUACCGUGUAAAGACGACACUUGAAACAUACCUACAUUUUUUCUUGUUCUUUUUUCUACUCUUAACAUGGCAACGUCGAGUGUUGAGUUAGGAGAAGACAUUAAGUAUAUUAGAAAACCAGUGAUGUUCUAGCAUUCUUUGAACAGAUUUAAAAUAUUUUUUUCUUUGCUCAAUAAAUGUUGUGGACAAUUUUUUUUCAAAUUCAUAAACCAAAAUAAGAUACGUGCAAAGAAACUACAAGGAGCUUUGUACGUAGAAGAAGUAGUAAAUAUCACAAAUUAAAAAAAGAAAAAAUAAGAAAAUUGAAAACUUUACCUACGUAUAUUUAAAUGGUGGGACAGAUUUGCGAGGGCUCUCUCUUAUCAAACAGGAAAACUUAAAGUUCAGACUUUCUAAGUCGGUAUCUACUUGCAUAAAUGGUUACAUUUAGUAACCUGUCGGAUUCAGAGAGUAUUUCAAGUCUUGUAAUUCAAUACUUGCCCUAAAAAUGAUGUGAUCAGUUCUUUGAAAUGCGAUAAUAAAAAGUACUGCAUGCCAAAGAAAGCGUUCCGAUUGGGUCUCAUGCGGAGGAACAUGUUCAUUUUUAUUAUUUAUUGUAACUGUUUCACUUAAUGGCAAAAUCAAUUGGAUUGUAUUUUCACCAGCCUUCAUAUAAAAUAAAUUUUGAAAAUAGAAAA